UGAUGCCUGUCAUGGGUAAAAUCGCCCAGGUACACUUGAGUUUCGGUUCAGCGAAUGACAGCAUGAAAGUGACGUGGUCAACUUCUGCUGAUGUCAUGUGUCAGGCUGAAUAUUGGGCAACUGAUGGACAGCGCAUGCGCGUGGAAGCCCGUCAAUCGGAGCUGCUAUCGGACAACUGGAAAGCCAUGAGAUUUAUACACAUGGCCGAAAUGCUUAAAUUGUCACCCCUGCAGAACUAUAGAUAUAUACUUCAAUGCAGUAACGAGACAAGCGAGGAAUUUUCUUUUACAACACAAUCCCGGACACAUGACCGACCUGUGAAGUUCAUCAUUUACGGAGACAUGGGGUACAAACCUGUCCACAAAACGGUGGAGUUUCUAACAACGGAAGUGAGGUCAAAAACCUACGACGCUAUUUGGCACGUAGGGGAUAUUUCGUAUGACCUUGACAUUGACGGUGGUUUGAUAGGCGAUCUGUUCAUGGAACUUAUUCAGCCAGUAGCAGCUCACUUGCCGUAUAUGACGUCACCCGGAAAUCAUGAAUUGAAAAAUAGUCUCCAUCACUACCGGACACGAUUCUCCAUGCCAGGAGUCGACUGGCCGAUGCCUCUUGACCAUCUAUGGUACAGUUAUAAUGUCGGACCUGUUCACUUCAUCAGUUUUUCUUCGGAGGUUUAUUUCAUUAACAAUGGUCACUUCGUUUGUAAGCAAUUCGAUUGGCUGUUGGAUGAUUUAACACAAGCCAAUCAGAACAGAGACAAACAACCGUGGAUAGUUGCAAUGUGUCAUAGACCUAUGUACUGUUCUAACGACGACGUUGACGACUGCGCGAGCAAGAUAUUUGGUCAUCUUGUCAAACACGGCCUUGAAGAUCUGUUCUAUGCUCAAGGUGUAGACAUGAUACUUCAAGCCCAUGAACAUUCCUAUGAACGUCUAUGGCCUGUGUACAAGGAUAAGGUUUUUGCCAAGAACUAUAAUCACCCACAAGCUCCGAUACACAUAAUUUCCGGCACUGGCGGAGCAUCAGAAGGCAGUAAUCCUAUGGGCAAAGGAGGCCCAUGGUCAGCUUUUACAUCAACAGAGGGAAGUAUGGAUUCCUUCGGACGUCUCGUCGUGUACAACUCCAGUCAUCUCUAUUUCGAGCAAGUGAAGGUCAAGGAUGGACAACCACUGGACAGUCUAUGGGUUGUCCAGUCCCAUCACGGACCUAACGUACCGAACCUGAACUGUUAUACUUCGCACGCGCAUUAUUCAUGCAAGUGCCCGCCAUAUCCCUAUAUACCAGUAAUAGUAAUUGGUGCAGUGGUUGCCCUUAUUGUCAUUUCCAUAAGCGUUUACUGCUGUUAUUCAUGCAUAAGGAAAAAGAAACCAGUUUGUUGUAAAAUUUGUUGUCCCUCUUUUCAACGGUACUCACCCUUAAUCAACGCCGACGGAAAUGACAAUUUGGUAAUAUGAUGAAAGAAUCUUCCUAUUGCUGGAAUGAUCAGUCCACUUAUGUAAA